AUGCCCUCAGAGCGGAUUGUGGAGGAACUCAUGGAUUUGAGGCAGGAAAACAUUGCCUUCUUCGGAGUUGCUGAGGCAACAACCUUUGUUAUUCCUGAUUUUGACUACAAGUAUGGCUUCAGAGGCGCCCUUCCUGUCAACAAUGAAACUUCCAGCGACGAAGAUACCCACAGCAACGCAGCUCUUAUGAGAUCUUCAUCGACUCGGUCCAUCAUCAACACUGUUGGGGUUACUUAG